GCGAUAUAAAGGAUUCCUGCUCAAUCAUCUAAUGUAGGGAAAGCCUCUCACUCAAAACCAAGUAACGAGCAUUUGAAGGCAGUAAUUUUCUCUGCCGUUUUGAUACCCGAGUUCUAAUCCGAGUUAGCUCGGUCCGAUUUUGGGGUUAAGUAAGUGUGCAGAAAUGAGUAAGAAAAGGAGGAAUCCUCUUGUUUUCUUUGAUUUAUCAGUUGAUGGGGAUCCUGUGGAAAAAAUUGUCAUGGAGCUUUUUGCUGAUGUUGUCCCUAAGACAGCAGAGAAUUUUCGGGCACUAUGUACAGGUGAGAAGGGCGUUGGAAAAUCUACUGGCAAGCCUCUGCACUAUAAAGGAUCGAUAUUUCAUCGAAUAAUUAAAGGUUUUAUGGCGCAAGGUGGUGACUUUUCUAAGGGAAAUGGCACUGGUGGAGAGAGCAUUUAUGGAGGGAAGUUUGCUGAUGAGAAUUUUAAACUGGGGCAUGAUGGACCCGGUUUUCUCUCUAUGGCAAAUAGUGGUGUGAACACAAAUGGAUCUCAGUUCUUUAUAACCUUCAAACGGCAACCCCAUCUUGAUGGGAAACAUGUUGUUUUUGGAAAGGUGGUAAGGGGAUUGGACAUAGUUAAGAAAAUUGAACAGUUAGGAACAGCAGAUGGGAAACCUGCCCGGCUUGUAAAAAUCAUUGACUGUGGUGAAUUUUCUGAAAGUAAAAUUCAGGAUGGUAAAAAGAAAGCUAAAAAGAAAAAAUCAAGGAGCAUCUCUUCAGAGGAGGAUAGUUCUGAUGGAGAAGCUGCUGAAAGGCACAAAAAUUCUUUGAAGGAAAGAAAAAAGAAAAGAAAGAGGAGAUACUCUUCAUCUGACUCUGAUUCUGAUUCUUACUCAUCAAUAUCUGAUUCAUCAUCAGCUUCAGAAUCAGAUUCUUCACUGUCUGAUUCUAGUUCUGCUAGUAUUGGAGGGCAUAGGAAAAGUAAAUCAGGAAAAAGAGAUAAGCGAGAACGUGGGAGAAGAAGGAAGGAUGCACGGAGGGUGAAGAAGAGAAGCCGGCGUGACCAACGAUCACGACGCAGAUCUAAAUGGAGUUCAGACAGUUCGAGUGAUUCUGAGAGUGAGAGUGCUAGCAGCAGUUCUCAUGACAAAAGAGCUGGUCGUAGUGGUUCAGCUCGCAAAAAGGAUGUCAGUAAGAAAUCCCUGACCCCUCCCUCAGGAAAAGGGGCUGUCAAAGAACAGCAAAGGAAUCAUGAGUUGAAGGCAACGGAGGACAACUUGUCACAUGAAGAAGGUGAAUUAUCUUUAAAGAUUGAGAAGCUUCAAAAUAAUGGGCAUGGCACUGAAGCAAAGCUGGUUAGAACUGUUGAUCGACAUUCCUAUGCAGAUAAUACAAGCAAAUCCAGGAGUAUAAGUCCAAGCCCCAAAAGAAGGUCAAACAACAGAUCUAGGAGUAGCCCCAGCUUGAGUCCUAAAGUCAGGAAUGAUGGAAGAAGUCCUCGCAAGAAGACCAGUGAUCAGAGUCCUGGCCAUAAAGCCCCUGACCCUUCUGCUUCUAACCGUGGCCGGGAUUUGUCACAAAGCCCAACUCCAGAUGGUGCUCCAAAGCGCAUUAGAAAAGGUCGUGGCUUUACUGAACGCUACUCUUUUGCACGUCGGUACCGUACUCCAGAGCGUUCACCUUCUAGAUCCUUCCAAUAUGGUGGAAGAAACUUUGAAAGGAAUAGAGAUAGGUAUUCUACUCUCAGAAGUUACUCUGAACGCUCUCCACGUAGAUAUUACAGAAGCCCAGAAAGAGGCCAGAGUCCUCCCAGGUACAACCGCAGGAGAACCCGAAGUAGGAGCAUUUCUCAUAGUCCAGAUAGUUAUCGUGGUCGUUACAGGUACCGCAAAGAAAGCCGGAGUCCAAUACGUAGUCCUAGUCCAAGAGAUAAGCGGCCAUCCAUUAGUGAGGGAUUGAAAUCUCGUCUAGGUCCCAAAAUUGAAGAAGGGCGGUCUCCUGUCAAAAAAAGAUUUAGGUCCUCAUCCAGAAGCUCUUCUCAUUCUAAAUCUCCUGAGACCUCAUCAGCAAAGAAUCGAAAUAGAAUUUCUUCUGCAUCUCCCAGCAAGUCUGCGUCAAGCUCACCGUCUGGACAAAGGGGGUUGGUUUCCUAUGCAGAUUAGAUCUCUUUUCUGAAAUAGGUAGUUGAGUGGCUUAUUGGUCAUGUACUCGUGGACUGCAUGUUCUGAUAAAACUUAUCUGAAACUUACAUGUGCCGUGAAUUUGAGUUUAAUUUAUGAGAGUAAAUUUAUGUUUGGCAUUGUUA